GUCGCGGGAUGUGUGAGGCCGCAGGGAUGACCACUUUCUGGGCAUGCACAUCCAGGACUGCUAUCCUUUUUCCCACGUGCGCCCCGCCCUUGAGUUGGGGAGGAGUCACAACCGCAGGUUGUUGGAUAGUGGGCGUCCCUGAUCUCAGUUUCCCCCUCUGAAAUGAAGACUGCACUUCCGUUCUGGUCAACCACACGUGGUCGUGAGACUCACGGAGUUCCUAGAAGGGCCCCCUUUGGAACCCGGUGCCUGAGCCACCUUCCUGUUUUACGAAUAGAAGUGAUGAAGUCACCCCAACCAGGGUCACCCCGUAGUGAAGGCCGAGACAGUUUAGAGGUGCCAGGCUCCCCUGUGCCAAGGUGUCAUGGAAGGGCUGCUGACAAGAUGCAGAGCACUCUCUACCCUGGCCACCUGCAGCCACCAGCUCCCCAGGUACGUUCCCCACAGGCAUCACCAUUGUGCACCAGAGAGAGGACAGCGCUUGGUAUUAUCCCGUGUGUUCCAGCCGCAGAAUCUUCGGGAAGACCAGGUCCUCUCUCUGGAGGGCAAAUCUAGUGACCUGACCUGUAAGAGUCAGCGGCUGAUGCUACAGGUGGGCUUGAUCCUCCCUGCAAGUCCUGGCUGUUACCACCUCAUGCCCUACACUGUUCGUGCCAUGGAAAAGCUUAUUCGGGUGAUAGACCAGGAGAUGCAGGCCAUUGGGGGACAGAAAAUCAACAUGCCCAGCCUCAGCCCAGCUGAGCUGUGGCAAGCCACCAGCCGCUGGGACCUGAUGGGCAGGGAGCUGCUGAGACUGAAAGACAGGCAUGGCAAGGACUACUGCUUGGGACCAACUCACGAGGAAGCAGUCACAGCCCUGGUUGCCUCCCAGAAGAAACUGUCCUACAAGCAGCUUCCUUUGCUGCUAUACCAGGUGACAAGGAAGUUUCGGGAUGAGCCCAGGCCCCGCUUUGGUCUUCUCCGUGGCCGCGAGUUCUACAUGAAGGACAUGUACACCUUUGACUCCUCUCCCGAGACUGCCCAACAGACCUAUAGCCUAGUGUGCGGUGCCUACUGUAGCCUCUUUGACAGGCUGGGACUGCGAUGGAUCAAGGCCCAGGCAAAUGUGGGCAGCAUUGGGGGCACAGUGUCCCACGAGUUCCAGCUACCAGUGGAUGUUGGAGAGGACUGGCUUGCAAUCUGUCCCAGCUGUCACUUCUCAGCCAACACAGAGACACUAGACUUGUCACAAAAAAACUGCCCUACAUGCCAGGGCCCACUGACAGAAACCAAGGGCACUGAGGUGGGGCACACGUUCUACCUGGGUACCAAGUACUCCUCCAUUUUCAAUGCACAGUUCACCAAUGUCCAUGGUGAACCAUCACUGGCUGAAAUGGGGUGCUAUGGCUUGGGAGUGACACGCAUCUUGGCUGCUGCCAUCGAAGUUCUUUCUACAGAAGACUGCAUCCGCUGGCCCAGCCUCCUGGCCCCUUAUCAAGUCUGCCUCAUCCCACCUAAGAAGGGCAGUAAGGAGGCAGCAGCCAUAGAGCUCAUGGGGCACCUGUAUGAUGAUAUUGUGGAAGCAGUGCCUCAGCUCCGAGGAGAGGUUCUCCUGGACGACAGGACACACCUGACUAUCGGAAACAGACUGAAAGACGCCAACAAGCUUGGCUACCCCUUUGUAAUCAUUGCUGGCAAGAGGGCCCUGGAGGACCCUGCACACUACGAAGUGUGGUGUCAGAACACUGGUGAGGUGGCCUUUCUCAACAAAGAGGGGGUCAUGGAAUUACUGACCCAUGUACAGGUUAUUUAAGUCCCAGCUUGCUGUCCCCUUUUAACACUGCAGUCCACUUCUCUUGAGUGGUCUCUCCAGAAACAGCCACUUGUAGAAGGUGGGACCAAGUUAGGGAAACCUGUAUUUGACUCAUCAUUUGUUGUGAUGAUUUGUAUUUAGUUGUUUAGCCUCUCUGGGCUGGUCAUACUACCAAAUGCCAUUCCUUUUAUAUUACUUGUGGACACUUCUCUUAGGAGACUGAGAGGCAAAAGGAAACUGAGUCACCUCUCAGUAGAGUUUCCUAAGUGUAAGAAGGGAAUGGCUGAAAGCUGGGGACCACCCUUCCCCCACCCCACCUCACAGUCAGACCACAGGCCCUGCACUUCAUUCAGUCCAGAGCAGACCCCUUAGCCCUUCUCCACCGGGAAGACAAGAGCUCGAGAGUCGGGGACUUGAUUGCCACCAACUCACUAGUAAUUUAAACAUGAAUUCCCCUGCUGAGGCCCCAGUUUCCCUGUCUGUGACAGGAAAUGGAGUUAGAUCUGCAAGGUGUUUAAAGCUAUCACUGGGUGGCUCCACUAAGACAUAGAUCUGCUUCAUUGUUCCUCUUAAGUGUCCCCAAAAGUUGGCAUAAUUGCCUCAUGGCCCACAAACUACCUCCAGAGACUUUGCCCUACUGGGGUGGCUUAAGCAUGAGAUCAUGUUCUAUUAAUUGAAUAAAGCCAAACUUUUGGAAUGA